UCCUUCGGCUAAUGUUGGAUUUUCAGGAAUAUGGAAAGAACGCCUGUACGAAACUCCUAAGUUGCGGCCACAUGUGCGGGGGAACCUUUGGAGAAACUCAAUGUCUUCCUUGUCUGCACGGGUGCUCAAACAACGCCUCUUUGCGCCAAGACUCUGAUGACAUGUGUAUGAUCUGCUUUACUGAAGCCCUAUCAUGUGCCCCAGCUAUUCAGUUACAAUGUGGGCAUGUAUUUCACUUGCACUGCUGCAAGGCGGUUUUGAUGAAACGAUGGGCUGGACCACGAAUUACAUUCUCCUUCUCCCUCUGCCCCAUAUGCAAGCUCGAUAUCAACCACCCGACCUUGGAGGAGCUUCUAGAGCCGAUUAAAGAUCUCUACAAGGACGUGCGCCGGAAAGCCUUAAUGCGCUUGGAAUACGAAGGUCUGCACACUGUUGAGGCGGUGCAGACACCAGGAGCUCGAUUCUACAACGAUCCGGCCUCCUACGCCAUGGACAGAUACGCCUACUAUGUGUGCUUCAAAUGCAAUAAGGCUUACUAUGGAGGGGAAGCGCGUUGUGAUGCAGAUGCAGGCGAUUCGUACGAUCCUGCUGAACUGGUAUGUGGGGCAUGUAGCGAUGUGGCUAGGGCUCAGAUGUGCCCCAAACAUGGGGCCGAUUUUCUGGAGUACAAGUGCCGCUAUUGUUGUUCAGUGGCCGUUUUCUUCUGCUUUGGUACCACGCACUUUUGCAAUCCAUGUCACGACGACUUUCAACGGGUCACCAUUCUAUCCAAAGGAGAGCUGCCUGUUUGUCCUGCCGGGCCGAGAGCCACUCAGCUUGAGGGCGAUGAAUGUCCUCUUCACGUUAAACAUCCAGCUACAGGUGAAGAAUUCGCUUUGGGCUGUGGAGUGUGCAGGAACGCCCACACCUUCUAGGUCCUCUGGACUGGAUGCUUGUAAAGCACUAGAAGAGCGUAGAAGAGCUCCUGAUUGGAACACUACUUAAGCUUAAGGUUUUACAGUCGUUUUAGUUAAACCCUGCUGAGUUGAUCUUUAUUGUCACACCACAUGUUCCUCAAUACUGAAUUAACCAAAUAUAGCUAAUUCUAGA